AUGACCGAUCAUAAAUAUUUAACCAAUGAACAAUUAAAUGGAUUUGAUAAUUAUAAGUAUAGUUCCAUAGACACAAGUCCUUUAAGUAUUCAUGUGAUGCAUCCAUUUUGGAAUUAUAUUGUCACAUUAUUUCCAAAAUGGAUAGCACCGAAUUUAUUAACAUUUAGUGGUUUUCUAUUUACUGUACUAAAUUUAAUAUUAUUUACGAUAUAUGAUUAUGGAUUUCAAGCGUCCAGUGAAAGUUAUCCAGAUGUUCCACAAUUGCCAAAUUGGUUAUUUAUAGUUGCUGCAGUAAACAUUUUUUUAGCGUAUACUUUAGAUGGUAUCGAUGGUAAACAAGCCCGACGCACAAAAACUAGUGGACCAUUAGGUGAAUUAUUCGAUCAUGGUUUGGACUCAUAUACGGCUGCAAUGAUACCCGUAUCAUUAUUUAGUUUAUUUGGCCGAGAUGGUUUUUACAGUGUGUCACCAUUUCGAAUGUAUUUAAUAUGUUGGCAUGUAUUUUUAUGUUUUUUCUUAUCACAUUGGGAAAAAUACAAUACGGGUGUUUUAUUUUUACCAUGGGGAUAUGAUAUAUCAAUGUGGGGUUCUACACUAUUAUUUUUAUUAACUGGAAUAUUUUCUACAAACUUAUACAAAUUUACAUUAUUUGGUUUUCCUGGUGGUGUUGUUUUUGAAGUAGUUUUACAUAUUACAUCAUUUCUAGGCAAUGUGCCGAUUAUAUUUUUAAAUGUUUAUAAAUCAUAUGUAAACAAAACUGGAAAAAUGUUAUCAUUUUACGAAGCAAUUCGACCAUUAAUACCAAUGGGAUUCUUUUUAUUUUUAACUGGUCUGUGGGUAUUAUUUUCACCUUCAAAUAUUCUCGAUCGUGAUCCACGUGUAUUCUUCUUAUAUAUGGGAACAUUAUUCUCAAAUAUUUGUUGUCAACUUAUAAUAUCUCAAAUGAGUAAUACUCGUUGUGAAGUAUUUAAUUGGUUAUUUUUACCAAGUGGUUUAGCCGUAUUUCUAUCAUUAUGUAUAUUCAAUAAUUUCCCAUCAUUAGAAUUGCUCACAUUACACGUAUUAUGUAUUUUUGUAACAGUAUCUCAUAUACAUUAUGGAACCAGUGUGGUGCAACAAUUAUGUGAACAUUUUAAAAUUCAGUGUUUUACAAUCAAUGUAAAAGAUGAUUGACUAUUAUCGGAUGAAAUUGUAUAAAACAUAAAAUAACUACAAAAAAAAUACAAAACCGUUGACAAAAACAAAAAGUUAACGUAGGUCAUUUGGAAUAUAUAUAUAAGGUUUGUUCUUUUUGUCUCGGUGCAAAACGCUGAAUGUAAGUAGAAAAGGAUAGUAAAUUUACAGUAUAUACAGUGUGUCUCCGGAUAGAAGUAACUAUACUUGUAAAUUUUCUUAUUUUGCAUUUUAAGAAAAAAAUUCGUUCUUUAUAAGAAGUUUUGCUUAUUAUGAAAA